CUUACACUCUCACUCAGUCGAGCGAGCGAACAGGAGGCAGCAGGCUGCCGAGGAGCGAGCUGGGAGGUGACUCCAGCCUCCUCUCCAGCAAAUUGUGCCUCCUGUACAAUGGAAACUAAACGGUUGAGUAGCAGAAGGGAUGGAGGGCAGAGCUGCCGGGCAGGUCAGCAGGGGUCAUGAGGGUGUCAGAGGCCCCAGUUGCUGUUCAGAGCAGCUGAAGCAGACAUGGGCAAAGAAGUCUCGAAUGGCAUCGGUAGGCUCAGCCUCAUCGACUUCACCAGCCACAUCCUCCUUCGCCACAACCACCUCUGGCUACGCAACAAGUUCUCUGUAUUUGCCAGCAUCUCCCAGUAAGACUUUGCAAUGAGAAUGUCCGAUACAGUCGACACUGAAACGAUGAAGGUUUCCGAGGCCGCCGACAUGUCGCCAUCUCCAAAAGACAACGCCACCAAGUCUGAGGUCACUGACCAGAGCCAGAGCAGCAGAGACGAACACAGCAGCAACAAUAAGAGGGACGCACAGCCUGUGAAGUACUCUAAGUCCAACACCAGGCUAAAGCUCGUGCGGAGCCUGGCAGUGUGUGAAGAGUCCUUUCCUUGCCCUAUUCCUGAGCCUUCAGCAGCACCUCAGGAUGGAUUCCUUCUCCAGCCCUUUGAAAAGGAAGAGCGAGCCACACAGGACCAAGCGGAGAAAGAGGAGAGCUGCGAUAAGGUGGACAAACCUGAGAAAACACCCAAAAAAAUGCUGUCGAGAGAUUCCAGUCAAGACUACACCGAUUCAACUGGCAUAGAUCUCCAUGAGUUCCUGGUCAACACGUUGAAAGGCAACCCCAGGGAUCGAAUCAUGCUGCUGAAGUUGGAGCAGGACAUCUUGGACUUCAUCAGCAAUAAUGAAAGCCAAAAAAGAAAGUUCCCACCCAUGACGUCCUACCACAGGAUGCUGCUACAUCGAGUGGCGGCCUACUUUGGCAUGGACCACAAUGUGGACCCCAGUGGAAAGUCAGUGGUGAUCAACAAAACUACCAACACAAGAAUACCCGAUCAGAAAUUCUCAGAGCACAUCAAGGAUGACAGGGCGGACGAUUUUCAGAAACGCUACAUUCUCAAACGAGACAACUCCAGCUUUGAUCGCGAAGACAGCACGAUUCGAAUGCGUUUGAAAGCUGACAAGAGGAGCAAAUCGAUGGAAGAGAGGGAGGAGGAGUACCAGCGAGCCAGAGAAAGGAUAUUUGCACAUGAUGGAGAUCACUUCAUACUAGAUAGAGGCGCUCAGGAUGAAGGCGCAUGCAUGAGCACCCAACAGAGGCGGCAAAUGUUCAGGUUACGGGCAGGCCGGUCAGGCGCCAGCCGGCAGAGCAGCUCCGAGACGGAAACGCUGCCGCGGCACGGCGAGCCCCGGCCUUGGAGCAGCACCGACAGCUCGGACAGCUCCAACCGGCUCGCCCCGCGGCCUGCCAUCACCAAGGCCAGCAGCUUCAGCGGCAUCUCCCCCGGCCUCGUCCGAGGGGACAGCACAGCCAGCAGCAAGAGCACCGGGAGGCUGUCCAAAACAGGUUCAGAAUCAUGCAGCAGUGUCGGCUCCUCGUCCAGCUCUCUUUCCCGUCCCCAGCUGCCUCUCCCAGUUUCAGCCUCAUCCUGGUCCAGCAUCCCCAGCGCACCUUCAAUCCACCCGGCUGCUGACACUAGAGGCUCUGGACACCCUGAGAUGAUCAAGAGCGUCGCCUCACAGCCGCCAUCAGCUACAGAUGCAACAAACUAUUAUGUGUUGCCGCUGGAAGCCUCAGGGAUACCGCCCGGCAGCGUCCUGGUCAACCCACACACAGGCAAGCCUUUCAUCCACCCCGACGGCAGCGCCGUAGUUUAUAACCCGGCCUCUGUCGCCCCCGCUGCUGGCAGGAACACACAGCAGGGGAAAACCCCACAGCAACAGAUCCCUGCACCAACACAGCAACAGCCAACCAAUCACCUCCACUCCCAGCCGAUCUGUCCUCCUCUCCAGCUGUCCUCUGAGCCUGUUCACAACCCAACGGUCUCGUAUCCUCUUCCUCCUCUUCCUCCUUCUCAGUUCCUGCCCGUCUGUCCUAACCAACAGUACACUGUGCCUGAUUCCCUCAACGCCCAGUUCAGUCACAUGACUCUGGCGCAGCAGCCACCUGGCGACAGCGGGGCUUCAGCUCCUGACACCCGCCACUAUCCGACCGUAUUCCACCACCACCCCUCCCCUGUGGUGCUGCAGGGAGCUCCGCAGCAGCAGCAGGUUGCUAGCUACAUGGUGGCAGGGCCAUCGGGAGGACACCCAGGGGUGCUGCAGGGUCAGCCCGUCCCACUCCCGACCCCGGGCCCCAACCACACAUAUCCCAGCUCCACCCCGGGCCCCGCUGCUUUCCCCGGGUCCUCGCUGAACCAGCAGCUACUCCAGCAACACACCUACAUCCAACAGCCUGUCCAGCAGAUGUCGGCGUGUUACUGCUCGUCAGCCCACCACCCCCACUGCUCCAGCCAGCAGCAGCACUACCGGCCCCCCAUCAACCUGCCCUAUAACUGCCCUCAGAGCCAAAACCUGCCCCAGCAACAAGUGCACCAAGCCAUGAUGCCAAACCCAGCGUCCAGCUACCAGACCAUAGUGGGCGUGCAGCCAACAUCCAACCUCGCUCUCACUGGCAACCAGCAAAGCAAUAUGGGCAACCAGAUGCAAGGCAUGAUGGUCCAGUACCCUCCAAUGCAGUCUUAUCAGCAGGUUUCUGUGCCACAGCAGACGUACCAGCAGCCAGUGUUUGUGUCCUGUCAGCCAGGACAGGGGGCAGUGGCUGUCGCUGGCAUGCAGCCCUGUUACAGCCUGCUCCCUCCCAACCAGCACACCACCAUGAGUUCCACAGUGAGUUUCCUGCCCGCCCAGAUGAUGGAGCAGCUCCAGUUUCCUCAGACCUCAUCCCCCUGCGUCUCCCAGCAGCACCCAGGCCAGCAGUAUGCAGGGUUGUUACCCCCGGCCCCCGGCAGCGGCAUGGUGAUGCUGCAAAUGACAGCGCCCUCCUGCCAGCAGCCCCGGGCCCCCUCCCCCUGCCAGCGGAAACAGCCCAGCCACAAACACCCGGGCUCUGAGCACCAGCGCAGCCGCAGGCCUGCUGAGCUCCCCCCACCUCCAGACAACACCCAGAGCAGCCUGCCCUUGUCUCCAGCACUCACUCCCUCGCCAGGCCAGCCGCCCAGCGUCAAGGGCCUCCCAUCAGGCAUCUCGUCCAUCCCUGUCAUGGCCCACCACCCGCCGCUCCCUACAGCGUUCUGCCACAGUGGACAAGGUCAGAGACACAUCCACAACCGGGGUGUUUACUCACUCACAGGUGAAGCACACUAUUCUCUACUGGGCCAACCUCUGCAGUACAAACCCUCCAUCAGACCUCCGCUGAUCCACACUGCCCACAUGGUGGCCAAACACCAGGGUCCACUGGGGGUUUGGCGUAGCGGUCAUGGGAGGAAGGCCAGCAGAAAAUCUCUGUCUUCAGAUCUCAGUGUAGGUGAAGCAGUGAGCAGUCAGAUACUGGAAGUGACAGAUCCUCCAGAGGGGAUCAGCUGUACAGACUCCCACCACCUCCUGGCAGAGCUCUGCAGAGGGGGCGAAUUGAUCCAGCGGCUGUCGGACCAUCAGCCCCGGCUGUGCAACACGAUCAGAGACGCUCCCAGCGGACACCUGGCCUCAUCAUACUCCAUCUUUGCCAUGCUACCCUCCAGAUACGCUGCCCCGAGCGCCGCGCUCCACCACAGCGGCCCCCAGGCCACCUUUAAACUCAGAACUAGUACCAGACACAAAGGGGAGCCGUGUGACUCGGACAAGGCCGGCUCAUAGCUGCUAAGAUCUCGGCGCAUCUAAGGAGCGCCACACGAACGCACAUCCAACCACCUGCCUCUGCUGCCUCAGUCUGGACUGUUUCAGUUCAAGUCCUAGACUCUGUCCAAAUCAAAAACCGUAUCAAAUGUUUGAAGAAUGAAUGUUCACUUUUAUUUUGUUUUAGUUCAUUUUAUCUUUAUCUUUUUUUUUUUUUUUUUUUUUUUUCUGGCCGACAGGUCUGAGUUUGGUUUUGUUUGUGAAAUGCGUCCGUGGCCGCUGAGCUGGCCCUUCUCUAUUCUAAAGAUCUAGUUUGCUGUUUAAAAGUGUAAGUGUUUGGAGAGUUUUGGGAUUCAUUUGCCAGCUGUUAAUGACUCCACUGUGGCUCCUAUAAUAGCAGGUGUAUGAGUGUGACGCCACCAUAUUGAACUAAACGUACACAUUAUCAACUUGUUCCUGGUUCAAGAAUGUUUUUGUGCCCACUUUAAAGAUUAGACGUUAAAUCGGGGCUCUGUACCAUGUUAUUGCAUAUAAACUGAGCAUUCAUAUCAAAGCUGUUUUAUUUAACAUCCAUCAAUAAUUCCAUCACGUGUCCACGCCACUGACUCAUGGAGCAGAGCUGAAUUUAUCUCCCGUUAGGUACACAGGACUGUGUUUCUUCUCUCUUUAACAUGCUCCCAACAAUAACACGCAGCAACACUUGUACCAUGUGAGCCCAUACAAUAAUAAACACUGAAUAAUAGAUAUACUACCUGAAUUAUUUAAAGUCACUUUUAUACACAGUGAAUGUUGGAUUUGCACUGAAGUGAUAAACGAGAUGGAGAUUUGAUUGGAGUCAGACAGGGCCUGGAUUUUCUUUUAUUGACCCCCCUCGUACCUGUUUGUUGCACUCGGCCAGGCCACUUUCUUUUAUAUUUAAUUAAAAUGUUUAUAUGCACACAAAAAA